AUGAGCGGUCUGCGGUCAACCGGCCCGGGGCAAAUUGCCCACACAGUGUUUUUACUCCUUCCAGCAAUCGUGCAAAAUAAGACCAAGCCAGGGUCCAAAAAGCUGUCGAGGCCGGUUGGGAAAACAGCAUAUCUAGAUGGCAUUCGUGGGCUAGCUGCGAUUGGUGUGGUGGUUUUACACAUGGUUUUGGGAUUCUUCCCAAACUCAUCAUAUGCCUACAAUGGGACCGAAGGCCGCGAUUCUAUCUUCCAACUCCACUUUUUCCGUCUUCUCUACACAGGUCAACCAACUAUCUUUUUCUUUAUCUCCGGCUACGUCCUUUCUCUCGGGACGAUUAAGAAAUGCCGAAGCCAAUCUUGGGGCCCGUUACAGCUGGACUUGAGCUCCAAGAUCUUCCGUCGCAUCUUCCGAUUGUACAUCCCCUCGAUAAUCGCAACGUUCAUCCCCAUGUUCAUGAUCAGCUUCAAUCUUUUCCCCCCAGUCGCCAAGUUCGCAGAUGACAAAAUACCAUAUCACACCUUCAACAUGGUCCCGCAGGAACCGACUUUUUUCCGCCAGUUCUGGCUCUGGUGCAAAACCAUCCCGCCGCUCUUCUGGCCGUUCAACUGGGAAAACUUCAGCCAAAACUCUCCCUACGCCUACCAACUCUGGACCAUCCCUGUUGAAUUCCGGUGCUCGAUGGUCUUAUUUCUCGUCCACUCCGCUCUCGCAAGAUGCUCCAGCAAGACCCGCCUGUCUUUCAACGCCCUGUUCUCCCUCUACACUCUCACCUUCGAGAAAUGGGACGUAUUCCUCUUUCUUGCCGGCGCAUUCAUCGCUGAACUAGACAUAAUCAAGGACGAGGCAGCCGAAUACAGCCAGCAGCUGCCCAAAGUUGAAAACGCAGACUCCAAAAAAUUCAAGACAGCUACCCAAUACACCCCACCGACAUGGUUCAUAGUCUUCAGCAUGAUCCUGGGGCUAUGGAUACUUAGCGUCCCUGCCGCAGAUAUCUGGAACGCCUGGUCCUUCGCAGUGCUAGAAUGGUACGCGCCGCGAACUUACACGGCCUUUUAUCGCUUCUGGGACGCCGUCGGCACAGUCAUCCUCAUCAUGGCCAUCACGGGCCUCUCAUCCGUCCAGCGCUUCUUCACCCGCCCCAUCUUCCUCUACCUUGGCACCCUCUCCUUCUCGCUCUACCUGACGCAUACCAUCAUGCUCAAGUUCUUCCUGUACCCGAUCAUGCCGUGGCUCUAA